UAAGCCCCCCCAGAUAUCGAGAAUUGAGCAAAGACGUUUUCUGUUGUAGAGAGAAAACCAACAAAGGCACAGAGUCUGCACAAAAACGGAUCUCUGUCGUCUUCGUGUUCUCUGGUCUGAGUCGCGGCUUCAGCACCGAUACUCCUCAGAUCUACCGGAGAUUCUCUUUUCUCUCGCACAAAGAGAGGACGAUUCGUGUAUGUAAAUGCGCUUUAAUUCCUUCUUAGACGCAGCGACGUUCGAGAUCUAGUGCUGCGGAAGCUUUUGACGGUGGCUUUGAGUGUGCUCUUCUCUCUUCUCCAAUGCGCCUCUCUGUUACCAUCUUCCACUGAAGGAGGAAGAAUCUGUAUCCGUGGUGCUUGUGCUUCUUCUUCUGCAUUUUGAGGCUUUUAGAGUAUCACCAGUUUGGAGUAGUUAUAUGUUAGGCAAGCGAAGAUGGUUUUCGGCAACAUCACUCAACUCUUUACACCGAAUCGCUACGGAGCUAAUACACAACCGCCUCUUCCAUACAUCCCUACUGGCUCAUCACCAGAUGUAGGCACCUCAUCUCCAGCUUCCAUCGCUUUCGGAAACGGUGGGAGCAAGAACGGUGGUUUGAGACACUCCGCGUCUCUCCAAGACUUCUCUUCCUACCACGCCUUCGAUCCCGAAGAAGCUCGUGAAACCGACUCAAGCGCUAAACAAUGGGGACAGAACGAAGCUAGCUUCUCCAAGGACAAGGGAGGUCUCCCGCCCAGUGUUCCCAAACCGUCCACGAGCAGGCGUAAAUGGAUCCGCGCGGUGAUGAUCGUUACGUGCCUCUUUCUCUUUGCUUCUCUGGUGUAUAUACUAGGCAUGUACGUUUACACGAACUGGUCUCGCGGAGCGUCGAGGUACUACGUUGUGUUUGACUGCGGAAGCACGGGGACUCGUGCCUACGUCUACCAGGCGUCUAUCAACUACAAGAAAGAUAGUAGUCUCCCUAUUGUGAUGAAGUCCUUGACGGAAGGUAUCUCUAGGAAGUCAAGUGGGAGGGCUUAUGAUAGGAUGGAGACAGAGCCUGGGUUUGACAAGCUCGUCAACAACAGAACGGGAUUGAAAAAAGCGAUUAAGCCUCUUAUCCAGUGGGCGGAGAGGCAGAUCCCCAAGCAUGCUCAUAGGACAACGUCUCUCUUUGUGUACGCAACAGCGGGUGUUAGGAGGCUGCGCGCUAGUGAUUCGAGCUGGCUUUUAGGUAAUGUGUGGUCUAUACUGGCGAAGUCUCCCUUCACUUGCCGGAGGGAGUGGGUUAAGAUCAUUAGCGGUACAGAGGAAGCUUAUUUUGGAUGGACGGCUCUUAAUUACCAAACGAGCAUGUUGGGAGCUGUGCCGAAGAAGGCGACGUUCGGUGCGCUUGACCUUGGUGGCUCGUCUUUGCAGGUGACGUUUGAGAAUGAGGAGCGAGCACAUAACGAGACUAACUUAGAUCUCAGGAUAGGGUCUGUUAACCAUCAUCUUAGCGCUUAUUCUCUGGCCGGGUAUGGACUUAACGAUGCGUUUGAAAGGUCUGUUGUUCAGCUUUUAAAGAGGAUGCCAAAUGUCAAUAACUCUGAGUUGAAACAUCCUUGUUUGAACUCUGGAUACGAAGGACAGUACGUUUGUUCUCAAUGUGGUUCUACUGUCAAACGAGGUAAGAAAGGGAAGUCAGGAGUUCCUAUUAAGCUCAUAGGUGCUCCAAACUGGGGAGAGUGCAGCGCUCUAGCGAAAAUUGCUGUUAAUAGCUCCGAGUGGUCGAAGACAAAACAUGGUGUUGAUUGUGAUUUGCAGCCUUGUGCUCUUCCUGAUGGUUACCCUCGUCCUCACGGUCAGUUCUACGCUGUGUCCGGAUUCUUCGUGGUGUACAGAUUCUUCAAUCUAAGCGCUGAAGCUUCCCUUGAUGAUGUAUUGGAAAAAGGUAGGGAGUUUUGUGAAAAGGCCUGGCAGGUAGCGAGAACCAGUGUUUCUCCACAACCUUUCAUUGAACAGUACUGCUUUAGAGCACCGUACAUAGUCUCUCUGUUACGAGAAGGUUUGUAUAUUACAGAUAAGCAGAUUAUAAUUGGGUCUGGGAGUAUAACUUGGACACUGGGGGUAGCUGUUCUGGAAGCAGGGAAGGCUUUGUCUUCUACAUUGGGACUAAAGGGGUACGAGACUCUGAGCAUGAAGAUAAACCCAGUAGCUCUUAUAUCUGUUCUGUUCGUCUCACUGAUUCUGCUUCUCUGUGCACUGUCACGCGUCGGCAACUGUAUGCCAAGGUUUUUCAGAAAGUCCUGUCUGCCUCUAUUUAAGCACAAUAGCGCUUCAGCUUCCUCUGUUCUUAACAUUCCUUCUCCCUUCAGAUUGCGAUGGAGUCAUAUGGGUACAGGGGUAAAGCCACCGUUGAGUCCAAUAGCGAGGAGUUCACCGCGUAGGCCGUUUAGUUUUGGAAGCAGCAUACAGCUCAUGGAGUCUUGUUCAUUGUACUCAUCGAGCAGCAGCGUAAUGCAUAGUUAUUCUUCUGAUAGCUUAGGGGAGAUGCAAGUUGACAACAGUGGCUCCUUCUGGUCCUCCCGGAGUCAAAUGCGUCUCCAGAGCCGGAGAUCACAAUCCAGAGAAGAUCUUAGUUCGUCGCUCGCUGAAUCACACAUGCUCAAGAUGUAGUAGAAAGACGUUUUUGGUACGGUUUUUGUCACUUCCACACUCUCGCUUUUUUUUCUCUUUUUUUUUUGGUAUUAUAGAAUUUAAAAGAAAAAGAAGAAAAACUUCAUGAGAGCAAAGAUAUUCCUUGUUGUUUCAGUUAACAUGUAAUUCAUUCUCGUAUAUGAUUAUUAAUUUAACCCCAAUUCGACUAUGUAUCACUCUCGUCCUCUUUACCCUUGCAUCCAAGUUCUCUUUAUGGCACUGAGCAGCUAGAAAGAGGAGAAUAUAAUCCCUGGAUUGCGUUUUAAGACAUAUUGGUGUAUGUUUGAUCUCUGGACCACAUCAUGUAAGUGCUUGUUUUCUAGUCUCUGAUUCUUAUCAUCACAUCUACAGGAAGGUUAAAAUAGAAUCUGCUAUACAUAUUUGUGCACUUCAUUUCAUUGCAAGAGUUGAGGCUAAAAGUGUAUUUUUCCUUUACCAUGGAAAUAUCUACUUUCAACAAUGUCUUUAUGUUAGAUUGUAGGGCUCAAAAUCCUUUGGGGACCAUUGUGUGUGGUUGGCGUUUAGAUAGAUGGAGCAAUCAUGGUAACUAUCACCUGAACAAUGACUCAUCUUUGCUAUGGAUCACAUUUACAAAGAUUUAUGGUUUAGAGUUGGUAAUGCAGGUCCGACUUUACAUAGUUGGACGUCUAAAGUAUAAAAAAAUUUAUUUGGGGGGCAAAUGUUAAGAAGUAUAAAAACUUUUUUUUUCCAUAAACUACUACAGUAUAAUUUUUUAUGCUUUCAAACUUUUAUAUAAGUUUUAUCGUUUGCCUAAAAUCGAUGAUUUAUGAGCUUUAUCCCAUGGCCAGCCAUGUUCUAUGUUUUCAUUAGUUUUGGUCAAUGUAUAGAUAGGCACCCUUAACCAUUGUUUGUUCUUUAACUAGUCCAGUUGCAAUAAACCUACACAGACUAGUGUACAGGUUUGAUUUUUUAAGAAUCGUUUGACAAAUGUGAUUGAUCAAUUAUGUGACAAAACGAGUCUUUCUCAAUAGUUUUCAUCGCUAUAAGUGUCGAAUAUUGCUCUUGACUCCGACAUUUGGACAGGAACAUUUAGUUAAAAUCAAUCUCAGCCCUUGCUUGCUAUUGUGGCUUAAUCCAUAAGCAAAAUAAUUGAAAACCUUUGGUGUCAAGCUAAAGGAAAUAAUAAGUCUAUGUGCGUCACUCUCGUUCGUUUAUUGCUAUUGAUUCGAUGACACCCAACUAAACCAAUCACAAUAAUUCAAUCAGAAGAUCAAGUUUCUUAUAAUCCUAGAAAAACAUUUUAUUUUAGAAGACGGUAAAUAAACAUUUUAAUGACCAACCAUUUGGCUUGAUAAACUCCAAAGAGGUAUCCGCCAAGAAGACCCGUUAUCGCCUUUCCUCUUUGUCAUGUGCACUGAGGGUCUGACCCACUUGCUGAACGUCGCGGAGAGAAAUGGGUUGAUCAGUGGCCUGAGGUUCUCGGAGGAAGGUCCGACUGUGUCACAUCUGUUGUUUGCCGAUGACAGUUUGUUUUUAUGCAAAGCUUAUGUGAAUGAAACAUCUGCGCUUCAAAGAAUCCUCAAAUUUUAUGGUGAAGCCACUGGUCAAAACAUCAACCUUGAGAAAUCAUCUAUCUCUUUCGGUGAUAAAGUAGAUGAAGGAACAAGAGUGAGUAUUCAAUGGCUCCUAGGAAUCUUUAAUGAGUGGGGGGGAGGGGGGAGAAAGCAAAUAUUUGGGUUAGCCGGAAUGCUUCUCAGGCUCAAAGGUGGAUCUCUUCUCUUAUCUUAAAGACAGAACUCAAAACCGGCUUGAUGUGUGGUACUAUAAGCGUUUGUCGCAAGGUGGAAAAUAGUUCCUAAUCAAAUCGUCGGGCUCCUCCCUCUCAACCUUUGCAAUGUCUUAUUUCAAACUCCCCAAGACAAUCAUUGACAAACUUUCAUCCAUGCUUACGGCUUUUUGGUGGGGAGCUGAGCCUCAUCUCAGAAAGAUUCAUUGGGUUGCAUGGGAACGCAUGUGCUUACCGAAGGAACAAGGCGGUCUGGGCUUCAGAGAUUUAGAAGCCUUUAAUCAAGCAAUGCUAGCGAAACAAGCGUGGAAAAUUAUAACUCAACCGGAAUCUCUCUUUGCAAGCUACCUAAGGAGUAGGUACUUUCCCGGUGGUGAUUUCUUGUCAGCCGCUUUAGGUACGAGACCGUCAUAUGCGUGGCGCAGCCUUUUGCAUGGAAGAGAACUUCUUGUCAAAGGCCUGAGACACAGAGUGUGCAAUGGGGAAAAAACAAAGUCUGGACCGACAUGUGGAUUGAGGAUCUUGUGGAAGGUAUGAGAGCACCAUGGAUCAAGAACUAUAACUUCGAUGUGAAUCUGCGUGCAAGCUCUCUGAUUGAUCCUCAUACACGGAGAUGGAAUGUGUCAGCAUUAUGUGAAGUCUUUGUGCCAGAGGACAUCCAAUGGCUGGAAAGAAAUCAACCGGUGGUGUUGAUGGAAGAUUUUCACUCUUGGAAGUUGACACAAAGUGGCCAAUUCACAGUUAAGUCAGCCUAGCGGCUGGCCUUUGAGGAGAAAACUAGACGGAACCAACCAGAAGCUCUCAAUCUACCGUCAGUUAACAUCCUCAAAGAGAAGGUUUGGAAAGUCUUAACAGUCCCAAAGAUCAAAGUUUUCCUUUGGAAAGCCUUAACAGUCCAAUAGCGAGGAGUCUUGUUCAUUGUACUCAUCGAGCAGCAGCGUAAUGCAUAGUUAUUCUUCUGAUAGCUUAGGGGAGAUGCAAGUUGACAACAGUGGCUCCUUCUGGUCCUCCCGGAGUCAAAUGCGUCUCCAGAGCCGGAGAUCACAAUCCAGAGAAGAUCUUAGUUCGUCGCUCGCUGAAUCACACAUGCUCAAGAUGUAGUAGAAAGACGUUUUUGGUACAGUUUUUGUCACUUCCACACUCUCGCUUUUUUUUCUCUUUUUUUCUUUGGUAUUAUAGAAUUUAAAAGAAAAAGAAGAAAAACUUCAUGAGAGCAAAGAUAUUCCUUGUUUCAGUUAACAUGUAAUUCAUUCUCGUAUAUGAUUAUUAAUUUAACCCCAAUUCGAUUCGACUAUGUAUCACUCUCGUCCUCUUUACCCUUCUUGCAUCCAAGUUCUCUUUAUGGCACUGAGCAGCUAGAAAGAUGGAAUAUAAUCCCUGGAUUGCGUUUUAAGACAUAUUGGUGUAUGUUUGAUCUCUGGACCACUUGUAAGUGCUUGUUUUCUAGUCUCUGAUUCUUAUCAUCACAUCUAAAGGAAGGCAAAAAAAAAUAGAAUCUGCUAUGACUAUUUGUGCACUUCAUUUCACUGCUAGAGUGGUGGCUAAAAGCCUAAAAGUGUCUUUACCAUGGAAAUAUCUACUUUCAACGAUGUCUUUAUGUUAGAUUGUAGGGCUCUAAAUCUUUGGGGACCAUUGUGUGUGGUUGGCGUUUAGAUAGAUGGAGCAAUCAUGGUAACUAUCACCUGAACAAUGACUCAUCUUUGCUAUGGAUCACAUUUACAAAGAUCUAUGGUUUAGAUUUUUUUUUCAUAUUGGUAAAUACAGGUCCGUCCGACUCUACAUAGUUGGACGUUUAAAGUAUAAAAACUUUUUUUUUGGGUGCAAGUUUUAAGAAGGAUAAAAACUUUUUUUCCAUAAACUACUACAGUAUAAAUUUUGAUGCUUUUAACUUUUUUUUUUUUUUUUUAACCAGGUUGUUGGCCAACCUUCGGUCAGCCCACACCUAGGCCCGGCGCCAGCCUUUGCCUGUAUCGGUUAGGGCCCUGGGCACGCCUCCCCGCCCUGCGAGUCGAACAGCUGACCUCCCCAAGGGGGAGAUACCACUGGACUAUCGAGUCCGGGUGAUGCUUUUAACUUCUUAUAUAAGUUUUAUCGUUUGCCUAAAAUCGAUGAUUUAUGAGCUUUAUCCCAUGGCUAAAGAAAAUAAUAAGUCUAUCUGCGUCACUCUCGUUCGUUUAUUGCUAUUGAUUCGAUGACACCCAACUAAACCAAGGCAAUCACAAUAAUUCAAUCAGAAGGUCAAGUUUUUCAUAAUCGUAGAAAACAUUUUAUUUUAGAAGACAGUAAAUAAACAAGGACGUUGGGACAUAUCCAUAUCCAAACGGACUAAACCUUUCAUUCAUGUUCAUGUCUUGGUCAGAAUAAUGUCUCAUUGGUCCUGCUACUCACUCGAACACAAUUUUUUCCACGUUCCUAGUUUAUUUAUCCAACGGCACUUUGAUCAUAAACAAAACAAAAAAAUCCAACGGCACCAUAAAUACCUUCUUUUUUUUUCACAAAUACCUUUUGUUUUCUUAAAUUAAUUAAUAUUCAUUAUCCUAUAACUGAUAUUUUAUCACCAAUAAUCGUCAUAUUCUUAUAUUUGGUACACAAUUUAUUUCCUUUUAAUCAAGUUUAAAAAAAAAAUAUUUUCUAUUUUACGUUCUUUUUCCUUUACAAGAUUAUAUUGAACAUUCAGCGAAAAUAAUACAAAAGUUGGAUUUUGAACAUACCUAUAAUUAAGCGGUGCUUCCAUAUCUUAAUAACCUCUGGUUCUCUCCUCAUGGACUAUAUAUAUUGCCCAAGUGUUUUCUGAAAAGAUAUCAUUGGUCAAACUCUUAUCUAGUACUCGCCACCAAAACAAAACUUUGCGCGGUUGCGGUUUACAGUUUAUAUAGUUUCAGUACAAAUAGUAAUUUGGGGUAUUGUGGUUUCGUCAAUGUUCAAAUGGCUCAAAAUAGUCUUCCCCACUUUCUGGAGCUGAGUGGUGCUUAUAUGUAUGCGGGAGAAAUGUUGGAAGAGGAUUACAGAGAUGGGGUUGGAAGAAAUUCUUCAUGUGGUUCAGACGCUUGACGAUGAGAAUAAUAUACGCUAUGACAAAGAAGGAUAUUGAAAUAAAUCUAUGAUAUUUGUUUGUGGAUGAUUACAGUCUCCCAACUGGUAUAUUUUGUAUUUGGUUCGUAGCUCUUGUUCUAUUAAAGCUCAAUAUACAUGACUAUCCAUGUUACUUUUAAAA